AUGCCCUUCGUCUGGGCCAUUCAGAACGCCCAUCUGGCCGCGACGCUAGACGCUUCCAUCUUUACCGAAAUGUUCAACUUUGACCGGAAGAUUGGUGACGAUCAAAAGCUAGCGCUCAUUCCAGCCAACUUAACUGGCAAGGACGUUUACUAUGCCUACACUUACUCGAGUAUUUUCAACACGGAGGACUCCUUUUGGAUUAACUGGGACCUAAGGGCACAUAAUUGCAGCAAAGUUAUAUACUACGAGAACGACGACGCGGCAUUCGGUGGCCAAAUUGUUUCCUCCUUCACAACGAAAAAAGGGUCACAGAAGGCCGACUUCGCCGCAGCCCAACAUGCAAACUGCUCAAACACAAGAAGCGCCCGAUUCAAUAUCACAGGCACUCAGCCGAAAUCUCACGGCGAGGACUCCCAAGGCAGGGAGAUCGAUCCACAGUACCAGUGCGCUCUCCUUUCACCGGAUACUCCCUUUCCCAAAAGGAGCAACCCCUGUGCCAUCAAGAUGGAGUCGGCCGUGGCCACGAGCAUCUCAUCGUCGCUGGGGGCGGCCUACACCAAGACGAAAUGUGGGAACCCGUUCGUUAGCCCGACAUUUAGUUGUCCAGCAGAAAAAAGCGGGACGACUGGGCGGCAGGGCGAGCAAUUUCCGACCAAGCCUGCCGUCUUGCUAGCUACAGCUGUUAGAUGGGUGGCUGGUGUUAUCGCGUGGUGA